AUGGGUCGUUUCUCCAGUGAGAAGUAUGGUGUUAGGAAAGGUGCAUGGACUGCAGAAGAAGAUAAUCUUUUGAGGAAAUGCAUUGAAAUGUAUGGAGAAGGGAAGUGGCGUCAAGUACCACUUAGGGCAGGCCUUACUCGCUGUCGAAGAAGCUGUAGGCUGAGAUGGUUGAACUAUCUCCAUCCAAACAUCAAGCGAGGAGUCUUUGACCAGGACGAAGUGGACCUCAUCGUCAGGCUUCACAAGCUCUUAGGCAAUAGGUGGUCAUUGAUCGCAGGCAGGCUUCCGGGCAGGACUGCCAACGAUAUCAAGAACUAUUGGAACUCCCACCUGAGCAAAUCACUAGCUGCACGGGCUGCUCGCGUGGAAGCUAGCACCAGCAUCAAGCGGGCCAAGGUUAUCAAACCUCAUCCUCGCGCUUUCUCUAUCAAUUCAAGGUGGUUAUUGGAAAGAAAAAAUUUUGUGGAACCCCAACCACGGGAUAAAGUUAGCAAGUCCCCACUGAAAUUACGUGAAGAGGAGCCAAUGCUAUCGCGGAAAAGCAUCCUAGUUGAGGAUGUGAUGGAAAGUGGGGCCUUCACCACGGAACACAGGACAAAAGAGGAGUUGCCCGCGGGCUUUAGGGUUGAAGGCAUUGAGGAGAUCAGAGUGGAAACGAAAGAAGGCCACGUGGAAGAUGAAGGGCAUGGUUGGGAUGACUUGCUUUUGGACGUGGAUGUCUGGGGACUGUUAGACACCGAAAAUGGAAUAGAAAUGCCAAGAUAG